AGAGGAAACGCAUACACGACUUUUUUUCUGGCUCGCCCAGCGUAAUCAAAGUACUUCUUUUCUGGCUUUUCUGCUGCGAUGUCUCUGCAACGGGGGGAAGGCUUCUUUGAAGCUGUCUUUGGGUUCAAGGAGGUGGAUUACUUCUCCACCAGGCACCAACUCUUUCAGAAAUACACGUUUGAAUCAAAUCGACGGAGCACUUCGACCGGAAUGCCGCGUGUCUUCAAGGAGCGCGCCCUGUUUGAGCACCCCGCCUUUGGCAGGCGUCACCUCAUCAGUGGCGGCUGGCACUCCACCCCGAGUGUCGCGGAGCUGCGAGCGGAAACGGCUGAGUUGGUUUGCGCCUUCGAAGAGAAGCGACCCGGCCUGUUGGCUUCGUUUCAGAAAACGCCACCGCUGCUGCAAGGCGAGACAGAGGUUUUGCAGGCCUGCGCAUCCUCGACCGUCCCCACCUCCACCGCAGGGUCAUCCAUAGCUCCGUGGGUGCAGUGCUCGCACACCGUAGGCGAGAGCGGCGCGCUGCACCUCCGCUUCCCAAACGCCUUUUUCCAGGUAGCCAGUCAGUUUAAUUCGCUGGAGUUUGUCUCGCCUGAUGUCACACCCGAGGAUGGCGUGACCCACUACGUGUACGACCGCACGCAAGGUCCCGCGUGCGCGUUGGCCUGCAUGGCGGGCACUGCGUAUCGCAACUACCUGUUCCACCCUGCUCUUUUCAACACGGACGUCGCACAGGAGGCGGAGGUGGGCGAGCAGCAACGCGGCCAGCAGGCGCUGCACCAGUUGAACCUGCUCGACGACCUCACGACCUACCUUACGCAGGGAUACAGCGCAAGUGCGGCUUCGGCACUGCCAACAGUUGACUUCGAUCACUUUUAUAGGGUGCGCAGCGGCUACUUUCACCCAGCACCGUCCAUUGGCAGCCUCAAUGGCUGGCUGGAACGUGUGGCGACCAGUCAAGGGACAACGCCGGCAGACGUGAAGGAGGCUUUGCUUUCCCGGUUACGUGUCGCUUUGGUGGAGGGCGCGACCGUGACGCUGCCUCUGCACGAUUCCCACAAGGACGGUGCUUCACUGAGCGCCCUUCACGAGGUCUCCCAGGUCUACAGCAGCGCAUUAAGCCUUCCACCGCCGCCGGCGAAAGGGUCAGAUGACGCGUGGGCUGGGGUGGAAUUGCUGUCGCGCAUCAUUCUCGAUGGGACGUACGAGGCGACGCUGCUCGCCGGCGUCCAGCACACCCUUCGCUCUCUUGAGCAGCAGAGCAAGGAUGCGCCGGCGAUGCGGGCUGGUCGCAGCGAAAGCACGAUAGCAUGGACUCUUCCGCCUAUCUUUCUCACGAAGGUAGGCGGCGGCGUCUUUAACAACGAUGGGACGUGGAUUGCGUCUGCGAUCACCUCGGCGGUGACCAGUGUGGGGGCUCUCGGUGUGCCGCUGGACGUUCGGUUGGUGCACCACCGCGCGGUGGAGCCGUACUACGCACAGUGCUUUCCCUCAUGGCCUAUGCGGAAAAGUACGUAA